UACCAAUGACGUCAAAGUUUUCGUUGGGUACGACGUUUAUUUGAAUUUGUCGAACGCUGGUCGUGCCCAUCAGUCAGACGCCUACGAUCGAUUCGUAUCGAGCUAACGGCUCUUCAGUUUUUCCGGUUGCGAGUUAGUGCUCUUAUAUAUUUAAAAAAAAACUGUCGAACAUUCGAAAAUGGACAAAUCGGAGAUUCGGGAGUUUUACAAGGACAAAAACGUCCUGGUCACGGGCGGCACCGGGUUCAUGGGCAAAGUGCUCAUCGAGAAACUGCUCCGAGACACUGACGUUUCGACCAUUUACGUGCUCAUCAGGGGGAAGAGGGGCAAAAACGCCCAUUCCAGGAUCGACGACCUGUUCGACGACGUGCUCUUCGACGGUCUCAAAGAGCGCCAACCGAAGUGCAAAAACCGCGUGGAAGCGAUACCUGGCGACUGCACCCUGGCUGGCUUGGGGCUAUCGAUCACCGACCGCCAGAGGCUUAUCUCCGACGUCCACGUGGUCUUCCACGUGGCCGCCACCGUCAAUUUCGACGAGCCCAUCAAGGCGGCGUACGAUAUCAACGUCAAUGGCCCGAAAGACCUUAUCGGAUUGGCCAGGGAGAUGAGGAACCUAAAGUCCGUGCUGCACAUUUCCACCGCCUACUCCCAUUGCACGCAGCAAACGAUAGAAGAAAAGUGCUACGACGUGCCGGUCGACUACGAGGACCUGGAGAGGGCGCUGCAAAAAUUAACCCCCGAAGAAGCCGAAGUCUGCACCCCCAGAAUUUUAGGAAAGUGGCCCAACACUUACACCUUCACCAAAGCUCUGGCCGAAUCCGUCGUCCGAAACGUCGGGAACGGACUCCCGAUCGGAAUUUUUCGACCCGGAAUAGUCGUAUCGACGUACAAAGAGCCCGUACCUGGAUGGAUAGACAACAUGUACGGCCCCACGGGUGUCGCAGCGGGUACUAUAUCCGGAGCCCUGAGGGUGGUACGCUGCGACCCGGAUAAAACUGCCGAAUUGGUGCCCGUGGACACCUGCGUGGCCGCCAUGGUGGCGUGCGCGUGGGACGUAGCCCGCGAGGACAACCCCCGGACCGCGGAGAGCGUCCCCGUCUACAACUACGUGUCCUCACCGGAGAACCCGAUCUUCUGGCGCGAGUUCAUGGACCUGAACUUCAUCCACGGACUGCAGUAUCCGCUCUCGAACGCCAUCUGGUGCAGCAUCACGUUCCUGGUGGUACGCAGGGAGUUUUAUUGGCUGGCGAAGGUGCUGUUGCACGUGCUGCCCGCAUUUUUUAUCGACAUGAUGCUCGUCGCGACAGGAAACAAGCCCAGGUUACUGUCCCUUUACAAAAAGGUGCACAAGUUUUCCGGAGCGGUGGCCUAUUUCAGCCUGCGCGAGUGGAAAUUCAGCAACAAUAACGUCCAAGCUCUAUGGGCGAAGAUGAACAAGACCGAUCAGCUCCUGUUCCCAUUCAGCAUGGCGAACGUGCCGUGGCUACUCUAUUUCCGAGGCUACAUCAAGGGGGUAAGGCUUUAUCUGCUCAAGGACCCGGAUUCGACGCUCGAGCGAUCGAAAAUCAGGAACAGGAGGUUCGUCGCGUUGAACACCGUGUUUAAAGUCAUCGCAGUAUUCAUAGUCAGUCAUCUAGCGUCAUACGUGAUACUGAAGCUGUACCACAUAGUUCUCGGACGCCACUGACUUGGUGCAUUUUUUUCCAAUGUUGUAAAUAGAGGUGUAUAGGCGACGCGCUAUGAUGACGGAUGUUGUUGCGUAACAUGUAUAAAAAGUAUAUAUAGGUGUU